CCUUUCCCCACCCUCCCCUCUCCCUGGUGUCCUCACCUCUCCCCGGCGUCCUCACCUCUCCCCGGCUUCCUCACCUCUGGCUUAUUUCGUCCCUCCACCCCUCUCAUUGGAGGGGGAACAGUGGUGUUUUGCAAAAGCUCCGAUGGAGUUCAGAUCUAGGUGUCGCCUGGGUUUCCUAGAUCUAGAUCGCAUCAGCACCCUUCCCGAUGAUCUACUCCUCCUCAUCCUUGCCAAGCUCCCCUGCAUCGGAGUUGCGGCGCGCACAAGCAUCCUCUCACGGCGAUGGCGCGGCCUCUGGGCCAGUCUCCGCCAAAUCAUCUUUCGCGAGGUCGUGUUCGACUCAAUCGAACCAGCACUCGGCCAGAUCUCUUUUCCUCCUGCAGUUUCCCUGUUGGAAAUCCAUGCCCCCCAGCAGGACAUAGCGAGCACCGCACAAGUCAACUCGUUGUUGUCCGUCGCCGCGGAACUUGAGCCGAAGGAGUUCGUUGCUUCCUUCCCCUCAAGCUUUGGCCUAUUAGGAAGGUCCAUCAUCAUUGAUUUGCCUUGCUUCCGCCACACCACCUACAUCAUGCUGGAUCAUGUAUACAUUCGCUCUGUGCCAGUCGGCGUCGAGUUUCCUGUGCUCGAGACAUUGUCCCUACUGCACUGCAAUGGCAACCUCGAUGCCUUGCUCUCAUGCUGCCCGCGCUUGGGCAUCCUCCUCCUCAGCGGCAUUUUAUUUGAGACGUGUGAUCUAAGGGUGAAUUCGCCGUCGCUACAGGAGCUUAUUGUGAACCCAUUCUCGACAGAACAUGUCAACAUUGUAGCCCCCAUGCUUAAGAAAUUGGAGAUUCUCCUUACAGUGAUGUUGGAGGUCAACAUUUCGGUCUUGGCACCAAUUAUGGAGAAUGUCUGGUGGUACUGCUGCUACACAGAGGAAUCUAUUGUGUUUGGUCCUUGGUAUCUCGAGUUGUUGGGGUUGCAGGCGACAGAUAGACAAGGACAACUCCCUUUGUUGCAUAUUCGUGCAAGUGUAGACUCGUCACUUUUCCCCUAUGAGCCCAACUUUGCACAGGAGAUAGAGAAGCAUAUGGUUGUUGACUUCUCUCUUUUGGAGCUAGAUCUCAAAACAGAUGGACAUGUUUUUGGAGCACUCGUGUUUUAUCUCCUUCAGAUUGAUCAAAUUUCUAGUUCACUUCGGAAGCUUAAGAUCAUCCUAUUAAGAUCAGUGGUUUAA